UGAUUUUGCAUUUCCGGGGGAGAGACCUAUAUGUAAACAACACAGGUCUCUUUCCUGCCAGUAAGGACAUGCUGCUUUGAACUUCUCUGCACAGCAGCGAAAUACACAGCAGUAUGUUUUCCUAGUAAAACACAUGCACAGCACAUCAUGUAAAACAGCACACAGCACACAGUUAACCCUUUUAUCGCCCCAGAUGUUAACCCCUUCCUGUCCAGUCAUUAGUACAGUGUCAGUGCUUUUUAUUAGCACUGAUCACUGCAUUAGUGUUUCAUUGAGAUGUCAGUGGCAGUUAGGCAUU